AUGGCGAUGUUGGGCAGAUUGCGUCAGCAGCAAAUUGGGCAGGGGCCAGGGGUGCAGAACCCGCCCCCAGGCUGGUCCAGCACUCUGGUGAAGCGGCUGCGUCUGGAGAGGACGUUGGAAGGGCACGACGGCUGCGUCAACACCGUGCACUUCUCGCCCGACGGCCAGCUGCUGGUCAGCGGCAGCGAUGACAUGCAGAUUUUCUUCUGGGACUGGCAGCUGGGCACGCGCACGCUGGCCUUCCACUCGGGACACCACAACAACGUCUUUCAGGCCCGCAUCAUGCCGCACUCUGCCAACAGCACCGUGGUCACGUGCGCCGCCGACGGCCUGGUGCGAGUGGCCACUGUGCAGCAAGGCAGCGGCGGCGCCGCGGUGGGGACGCGGCGGCUGGCGUGCCACCGCGGGCGAGCCCACAAGCUAGCGCUGGAGCCAGGCAGCCCGCACUGCUUCCUGUCCUGCGACGGCGAGGUGCGACACUUUGACCUGCGCCACCCUGCCGCCGCCAACCGCCGCCUGCUGGCCUGCCGCACCCAGCGCGGCCGGCUGGAGCUCAACAGCGUGCACUGCCGCCUGGGCACCACCCAGUUCUGCGUGGCGGGCGGCGACCCCUUUGUCAGGAUCUUCGACCUGAGGCGGGUGGCCCCCUCUGGCGACCCCCUGGCAGAGCCGCUGCACCGCCUGGCUCCCUGGCACCUGCGGGGCCGCCACUCCCUCAUCACCGUCACCUGUGCCGUGUUCAGCCAGGGCGGGCAGCUUCUGGCUUCUUACAACGACGAGAACAUCUACCUGUUUGCCGCGGAGGAGCAGCAGCAGCAGCAAGCAGCAGCAGCAGAUAGGGCAAACGCCAGCAGCGGCGACUGCAGAGCGGCAGCUGGCGCCUCGGCGGGCCGUGCCGGUGCCGAGCGUGGCGGUGGCAGCAGCAGGCAGGGCAACAAGCGGGGGCGCAGCAGUGGCGCUGGCACUGCAGGAGGUGGCAGCGGCUCGGAGCGAGGCGAUGCGGAUCGGCAGGCGGAUGCAGACGCCGGGGUGCGCCGCACCCAGCAGCGGCGGGCAGCGACAGCAGCCCUGGCACAGGCGCAGUAUGAGCAGGCUGCCUCCCCUGCCACGGCAGCAGCACAGGCACAUGCAAGCAUCCGGCGAGGCCUGUUGCAUGAUGAGGUGGCUGUCCAGGAUGAGGCGCAGCCGCCGCUGCCGCUCGUGGCAACGGAUGCGGCAGCAGGCGGCAGCGGCAGUCCUGGCGGCAGCAGGCAGCCUGAUGCUGUUUGGCUUGACCAGCUGCCGCGAGGCCGCCAUGGUGGCUGCAGCAGCCAGCAGCAGGGGGGGCAUGGGCAGGAGGGUGGCGAGGGCGUCGGCUUGGAGCGGGGACGCGGACAGGCACGAGGCAGCGAGCAGGGCGGCAGCGAGCAGGAGGACGCAGGUGGAGGCAGCGGGGGUGGCAGCGGGUCUGAGCUGGACAACAUUGAUGCGGAGCUUGCCGCAGAGGCAGAGCCGUUUGAUCUCGAUGCUGCGAUGGAGGAGAGCGAGGAGGAGGAGAGCGAGGAGGAGGAGAGCGAGGAGGAGGAGAGCGAGGAGGAGGACGAGUUUGAGGAUGAGGGGGAGCUGCCGCAGGCACGACCAGGCCACCUCGAUCCCGGGGCAUUGGUGGACGAUGCCGACGCAGCGCCGAGGGCGGGCCAGCGCGGCGGCGCCCCCAGCGGCAACGUGCAAGACGGGCACCCCGAUGACAGCGUGCUGCAGACUUACAAGGGGCACCGAAACUAUCGCACAGUCAAGGGCGUCAGCUUCCUGGGGCGGGACGAUGAGUUUGUCAUGAGCGGCUCAGACUGCGGGCACAUUUAUGUGUGGGAGAGGGAUUCGGGGGUGGUGCAGGCGGUGCUCAAGGGUGACGCCGAUACAGUCAACUGCCUGGAGCCGCACCCGCAGCACCUGCUGACCAUGGCCACCAGCGGCAUUGAGGACAGCAUCAAGCUGUGGGCCCCCACCGCGGAGGAGCCGCAGGUGCUGGGUGCCGCUGCGGAGCGGCGCAUGGCUGCCAACCAGGCGGCGCAGGGCGAGGAGCGGCGCAUGUUCAUCAGCCCGGAGAUGCUGCAGCUGCUGCUGCGGUCCAGGCAGCUGGAGGCCAUGCACAGCAGUGACAGCGAGGAAGGGGAGGAGGAGGACGAGGAUGACGAGGACGUAGAGGGCCGGCGACACCAUGCCGACUGUGCCAUCAUGUGA